AUGAGCGAAUAGUACAAAUUUCGCAUACUUAAAACUACUUAAUCAAUCCAGCCUAACCAACUAGGAUGUCCAACUUAAAGAUCUGACUCAUCCAAUGAACGACUCACCAGAAUACAGAGAGAUUCACUCCCCAACUUAAAGAACUAGUAACAGUACUCAAAUAUCUCAUACAGAUAUUCUCAAAAGCACAAGGCUUUAUCUCAAGGAACUUUUUACGGAUCCCCCUUGCUAGCACAAAAUCAAUUAGAUAUUAUUGACAAGAUGAAAUUCUAGCCUCGGAAUGAUUUCUAUGGACAACUGAAAAGCGUGGAUCCCUAUCAAUAUCCCACUCGUUUAUCUGAACUGUAUCUCUCACCUAAAACACUCAGAGAGCCCACUGUUGAAGUGCAUAUCCCCACUGAAUUAAAAGAACCCCCUUUGCAAUUGGGCAAAUUCUGCAGUAACCUGUCUAAACAUAACCCAAGAGACAAACUCCAUCGAGGUAUUCCUCAAAAACAUGAUAUUAAAUCACUCGCUGUUUGGGUUGAUCUAAUGGUUCAAUAGAUUGUAGAUAAGUACAAUGAUCAAAAACAGCUAGAUUUCUAUGAGGAAGUGCAAAACGUUCUCACCUUGUGCUUGAAGGAACUCAUACGCCAAAUCAGUAUUGAUUGUAUUGAAAGGAGUGUUCUACUGGAAAAGAUUUGGACUCAAUAUGUUGAAAUCAACUCCUCUGUUAUUGAUUAACUUGUUAAUGAAAAAAAAGAAAUUGAAAAAUAAAAUCUCAAACAAAUCAUGAAAACACAUUAAUUAUAUCAAUUGGAAAUUGAUAAUUUUCAAUUAAUAAUUUCAAAUUAAAAAGAGGAAUAAUCAAAACUUUAAGAAAAAUUAAUCAAAUUAAAGGAUAAUGCCAAGUAUCUCAAGAAAACCAACAGAAACCUGCAAAACACUGUCAGACAACUCAAAUUCCAACUCAAUGAUUACACCACCUCUAAUAAGUACUUACUAAGUGAAAUCGAAAAUCUUAAGCAAUAAAUCCAAGAUAAUGAAACAGAUCUCCAUGAUUUUCAAUAGCGAUUCCAAACCAAUUACAGAUCAUAAUCUCCAUAAAACAGUGAUCAUUCUCCCCUUCAAUUUCCACAACCAAUAAAAGUGAUACAACCCAACAUGCAUCAAGCCUUCGACAACCAAAAUGAUGCAUAAAUGAUGGAUGACUUAAAAAACGACUCAGAUAUCUCUAUAUCUAAUAUUGAAGACAUCCUCAAAAACUAAGCCACAGACACAAAUGAUCUAAUUACAAUCCUGGACCUACAAAAAGAAUAAUCCAUUCAAACCUUUGUAUUUAACUGUGUCCCUGAGUAUAAGUAAUACUUCUCUCUUAAUCUUAAUCUUAGAUCGAUCCUCUUACCAGAUUUCAGACACAAUAUUGUCCAAACCGAUUCUAGUAUGAGCAAUGCAGUGGAAAAGGAAACACAAACUGAAUUACCCAACGAAAUACAAGAGGAAAUCAAAAAUGAAGAGGAGUAACUAAUUCAAUUCUAAGAUUAAUUUAUCAAAGUUUAGGAAAAUUAUAAACAAUUCAUGGAAGGGGAUCAAUUGGAUAGCCCUGAUCUAAACUAAAUGUCUUCUUUUGUUCUCAGUCUAGGCGAUAUUUCAUCUAAGAUUAAAUAAACAGUUUAGAAAUAGAGGGAGUAUAGAACUAGUCUAUUACUCGUUAAUAGUGCAUAAAAAGAUGAAAAUCUUAGAAAUGCAACCGAAUUAUAAUCAUUAAAAAAUACAAAUGAAAAUCUCUAAUAGAAUUUAGAAUCUGCAAAAAAUGAGAUUAUAGAAUUGGAAGCUCAUUUAGAAUUACAAGAGAAUAUAAACUCAAAAUUGGAAAGAAAAUACAAUAAAAUAAAAGAAAAAAAAUAAUAACUAGUUGAAAAGACUACCAAUUUAAUAAAUUCGUUGACUAAAACACAGAAAUUUACAAAUAUCAUCAAAAAAAAGAUACAAGAGAAGAGAUCGAGUGUUUUCAUACAGAAAAAAUAACCCUCCACUCAAUCCUAAAGUUAACUGCCUUCAUCCGUAGAUAUAUCGUAGUAGUUUUUAUCAGCCAAUUCUCCAUAAAAUAACCUUGUUGUUUCAUCUCCUGGAAGAUAGUAAAUGAGUGGGUACUCAAAUAGAAAUUAACCCAAACCUGAAGGUUAAGUUAAUAGAACUAUUUCACAACGGGAGUUAGUUUAGGAAAGUAAUGCACCUAAAAAGAAGUGGAACAUUCAAAUUACAAAUACUGAUGAAUAACAGAAGGAAUCUGACAAUGAGAGUGAAAUUUCGUAAUCUCAAAUUUCAUUUCAAUAAAGCAUUUCAAUGGCUUAAGAUGAUGUCUUAUCGUAACGUAGCUUUGUAUCCAAUAGAAGAUCUUCUCAGAUUUAGGUUUAGGCGAAGUCACCUGGAAAUCAUUAAUUAAUCCCAAGUAAUGGAAAUAAUAGAUCCAGUUUGAAAUCUGCUAAGAAGAGUACUCCAAUUAGUACUUCCAAUACUUUGAACAAUGAGGGUGUAAAGAUGAUUUCAGAUACAUUAAGAUAGUUUCUGAAUGAGGAACUCGAUAAUAGUGAUGCUUCAAGUGUUGAAUCGUCAAUUUCAUCUAAAUUGGAAGCAUACUCCAAAAAAAAGUCGGAUAGACAACAAAAGAGAAGAAACAUCACAUAAACACAAGCCCCAAAAUUUCAAAACAGAAAUAAUGCUGAGUCCACAAGUCAACUCAAUUUCUAGAGAUCUAAAUAUUUGGUUACAUUUUUGGCUGAGCGUUUUGCUAAAAACCCAAAGUUAGCCAUGCCUAAAAUGCAGAGAAUUAAUAUUUUAAAAUUCAUAUCGCAAUUUUACUCUGAUAAGAUAAAGUAAUACUCUAAUAAAAACACUCCUCUACAUCAGAUGUGCUAUGAGUACUUUGUAAAUACUUAUGGAUUCAAAAGUAUGGCUGAAUAAAAAUUAACCAACUUCUAUUAAUCUGUCUAUUUUUAUAGAGAGAAUUUCAGGAUAAACUUAUUCGGAAGAUUUCUGUAAUUAUUAAGUCCCCUCACUUUGGAAGAUUUAGAUAUAUAUAUCCAAUCUUUGAAGAUCCUGGAUGAGAAUGAAAUAGCUCUUCAUAUGGCAUCAAUUGUAAAUGAGAAGGGAGUGUUGGUUCAAUUGGAUAAGGCUAUAGCAUCAUUGGAUAUCCAGCAUUAGUGUUUGGGAGCAGAUAUCAAGGAUAAGAUUAUAAGGGAGAUUCGUUAGAAUACUUAUGAGAGGAAGGGCAAGGUCUGUGUGGAUGUUGAUUUCUUUAUAAGCAAAUUGCUGAAGGGUUAUCAUCAACACAAAUUGAUACAUUAAGCACACUUUGAAGAGGUGUUUUAUUCGGCUGAUAUGGAUAUGGAUGGGAUGAUUGAGUUUUAAGAGUUUCAAAAAUUAUAUUUGCAUUUUGAAAUUAAUCAAGGGACUACUUCAAACAAGAAGUUUAUCAGAACACAAUUCAUGGAAAGAUGUGAUACAGUUUCAAAUGAAAGUGGAGAGAAAGCCAUGUCCUUGGAUCGUUUUGUUGCUUUCUCUUUGGAGAAUAAUAUUUUUUCGGAAGAGAAGUUUUCGAAAUUUUCAAAAAAUGUUGAUCCCAAUGACCCAAUUAAGAAUUUGAAUGAUUUGAAGGACAAUUGGAGAAGCAUAUAAUCGUUGUUAAUGGGUAGAAUAAAUUUGAGUGAUCCCAAUGAGGGAGAGUAUUAUCAAAGCAUAAUUUACAAACUUGAUUAAGCUUUGAAUGGUAAGGAGUUGAAAGAAAGCUAUUGGAUUUCGUAUAGGAUAUUGGAUGCAGAUACGAAGGCACUUUAUUUGGAUAAAGUAGCAUCUGAUUUAAUUCCAGAGGAUUUACUGUGUAUUUAAGAAUUAAUGGGUGAACUUUUCGAUGAUAAUAUUGAGAUUGAUUGA